CGCAGAAUAGCUUUGCAGCGCAGCUGACCUCGUUGCUGUUCAAGAAGAGAGACUUCUAUAAUCGUAAGCAUUCACAAUGGCUGCGCCAAUUUCUACUGUUGCGGAGACCAAGGAACUCCGUGGCUUGAACCUCAUCGCUGCCCAUUCGCAUAUUAGAGGACUCGGUGUCGAUGCCGAUUCUUUACAACCUAGGACCUCAUCCCAGGGCCUUGUGGGCCAAGAGAAGGCGCGAAAGGCCGCCGCAGUAAUCUUGCAGAUGGUUAAGGAAGGCAAGAUCGCUGGUCGCGCAGUGUUGAUCGCAGGACCUCCUAGCACUGGUAAAACUGCGAUUGCCAUGGGAAUGGCACAAUCUCUUGGAUCCGACGUCCCCUUCACAAUGCUUGCUUCUUCAGAAAUCUUCUCAAUGGAAAUGUCGAAGACCGAAGCCCUCACUCAAGCUUUCCGGAAGUCCAUUGGCGUUCGGAUUAAGGAAGAAAGUGAGAUCAUUGAAGGUGAAGUUGUGGAGAUUCAGAUUGAUAGAAGCGUUACUGGCGGCAACAAACAAGGGAAACUUACUAUCAAAACCACCGACAUGGAGACAAUUUACGAUAUGGGCACUAAGAUGAUCGAUUCUAUGACCAAAGAGCGUGUAAUGGCCGGUGAUAUUAUUUCCAUUGACAAAUCAUCGGGUAAAAUCACAAAGUUGGGACGCUCGUACGCACGUUCUCGGGACUAUGAUGCGAUGGGCGCUGACACCAAAUUCGUGCAAUGCCCGGAGGGUGAACUUCAAGUUCGCAAAGAAAUUGUGCACACUGUGAGUCUUCAUGAGAUCGAUGUGAUCAACUCGCGGUCACAAGGAUUUCUGGCUCUCUUUUCUGGCGAUACCGGGGAGAUUAGGAGUGAGGUUCGAGAUCAAAUCAACACCAAGGUUGCCGAAUGGAAGGAGGAGGGCAAAGCCGAAAUCAUUCCUGGCGUCCUCUUUAUUGAUGAGGUUCAUAUGCUGGAUAUUGAAUGUUUCUCCUUCAUUAAUCGUGCUUUGGAGGCGGAACUUGCACCCAUUGUCAUCAUGGCCAGUAACCGUGGCCAAGCCCGCAUUCGGGGGACAACAUACAGCUCUCCCCACGGGUUGCCCCUCGACUUCCUUGACCGCGUGGUCAUUGUGAGCACACAGCCAUACUCUGCCGAUGAAAUCAGACAGAUCCUAGCCAUCCGAGCCCAAGAGGAAGAGAUUGAUCUCUCGCCGGACGCUCUAGCACUUCUGACCAAGAUUGGCCAAGAAUCAAACCUCCGAUAUGCCAGCAACAUCAUCACUACCUCUCAUCUUCUUAGUCAAAAGCGGAAGGCAAAGGAGGUCAGUAUCGACGAUGUCCAGCGCAGCUACCGAUUAUUCUAUGAUCCUGCUCGGAGUGUCAAGUUUGUCAAUGCGUAUGAGCAGCGCUUCAUCGGUGACCAAGGCAACGUCAACUUCUCUACUGCAGCAAAUGGAGAUGCCAUGGAGAUAUCCUAGAUUCGAUACGGUAUAGACUUUCUGGGUGAUUUCUGGUGUUCGAAUGGUUGAGCAUUCCAGGUGACGUGCGAAAACAAUUAGUGCGAUCUGUUAUUAUUCCCUGUGUUUUCUUUGCAAUAUCAAAUUAUGUAUGAUAAUGCUGGCGCU